AUGGUGCACCUACGGCAGUCUCCCUCGCCGCCUGACACCGCAACAAAGUCGGCGGCGAGUGCGGUGGACGGAAGCAGUGGGGUGGACCUCACUUGUGUGGGCUGCACACUGGGGCUAGACCCCACCAGCGUCCGCCUCAACGGCUACUUCGUCAUUCGCGACCCAGGGCACGUCUCCACAACGCUCACCUGGGGUGCGCUCCUUGCCAUUUUGCCGCCUACAGGCUACCCACCACAAGCGUUGACCCCGCCACGCCCGUCAACGUCUGUGGUAGGCUCACGCCUUCGCCACCACGCUCAGUUUGAUUAUAUCCAAUUCACAAACUGUUUGGAUAUUGGUACUUUAAAUCUUCAAAACCCCACCCACGCCACCCGUCUCGCAUCCCCGGCGAGCGCAGCUCAAAGAUCGCCGACCUCCCUCGUCGUGCUGACUAUCUCCGCCACCAUCCUACUCCUCCUCAAACUCUGUGACGUCUACAACUGCAUCAGUGUAGCCCCCAUCGCCAUCCCCGUUCCCCGCCGGACCCUGCCCCGUCACCAUUCGUCCCACUGCGCUGGUGCACCAUUUUGGCUCGGCAAAGAGGCUGCACGCGUAUCCCAACUGUCGCCCCCCGGUGACACAAAAUGCAUCUCCAUGUUGGCUGCAAUCUUAGUUUGUUUCCAUUUCCAGUGUUCUAUGACUCCACUUUGA